UCAUUUCAACAGCAGGCAGCCGAAGCAAGGCUUGGCAGAAUGGUCGGCUGCCUUGAUUACAAAUAAUUUUUCAGUAUACAUUUAAUGAACCAUCAUCGCCAUCCAAACACAACUGUGCGUUUGAUACAUUUAUCUUCUGUUUCGGCGUCAAGAAGAGUGCACGAGAAAGAAAAAGCGCCUUGUUCUGGAGUCUGACCGGUAUAACGACACAGAUGGGACUGCACCAUAUAACAAGCAACGACGUUUCCCAUUUAAAGUUUUGGAGGAAUGCUUCAACAUAAGAAUUGUAACUGAGUUCACACGAAUAAGGGACGUGUUUCGUAUUAUUUUAUUGACACGUUUCAGGUCCAUGUGUUUUCCCAAGUGAAAACAUGGCUAGUUAGCUUCAGCUAGCUAAUUCGCUAAAAGGCUAACUGCAUCAGUCUGAAGCAAGGGUUGAGAUGUUCGUCUAAAUUUGGACCGAAGCUAGCUAAUCCAGGUAGCUAGCUAGCCACUGACAACGUUUCUGUGACAAGCUGUCAAACCCAUUGUAUGUAGGAUUAUUUUUAUAUGGUGAUUAUUGAUUGUGCGUGUUGGGAAAACUUGCAGAUCGAAACUUUGAUCACAUUUGCUGGCGGAGUUGUGGAAACCAAUGUUUCAUUGACAUCGCAAAGUUAGCCUGCUCGCUACCAACGUGACUCUACUAUCCUCGACCAGUCAAUGGAAUUCCGAAUGAGUCAUUUCGGGUGUUGUCCUCCAAAAUUCGAAAAGCAGGAGGACAGCUUCUAGAAUCCCUACAAAAGCUGAUUUCUCAUCCCGCUACUCGUGGGAUGAGACCGAUAUUGAAAGGAAUCCAAUUUGAAUGUUUUCAAACAUGGGGUCUUUAAAAGCACUUCAAGAAUGGUGUCGGAUACAAUGCGAGAGUUACAACGAUGUAGACAUCAAGAACAUGUCAUCGUCUUUCCGUGAUGGCUUGGCAUUUUGUGCCAUAAUCCACCGAUAUAGACCGGAUUUGAUAGACUUUGACUCCCUCUCCAAAGAGAAUGUCUACGAGAACAACCGUCUGGCAUUUGAGGUGGCGGAGGAGGAGCUGGGAAUCCCUGCUCUGCUGGACCCAGAGGACAUGGUGUCCAUGAAAGUGCCUGACAGGCUGAGCAUCAUCACCUAUGUCUCCCAGUACUACAACUUCUUCACCAACAAGUCCCAUGCCAACCCCCCCUGCUUGAAGAGGUCCAGUGGUACAGGCCACAUUGAGCCGGCCCAGAAGAGACCGGUGGCCCCUCUGGAAGACAAAGUGGUUGAGCCCGAGCUGAGCCUACCUGGUCCGAUGGGUACGGACGGAGGGGUACAGGCGGGGGUGAAGCGUAGCACCCUCAGCAGCAGCUGCGCCGCCUGCCAGAGGCACGUCCACUUGGUGCAGAGGUUCCUGGUCGACGGCAAGCUCUACCACCGCAACUGUUUCAGGUGUAGGGAGUGUAGCAGCACUCUGCUGCCUGGGUCCUACAAGCUAGGAAACGAGGUCGGCUCCCUGGUCUGCACGCAUCACUUUGCCAGGUCUGCCUUAGCCAAUCAGAACGGCCGACCGGACCUAAGCAAGCGACCGACAAUGGUUCCAUCCGUCAGGAUUGGUCGACCCAUGCUGCCUCAAACUUCUCCUCCUUCUGGGAGGGACCAGGCGGCAAAGACUCCGCCACCAAAAGAGACUCCGCCCCAAGAGACGCCACCAAAAGAGACUCCGCCCCAAGAGACGCCACCAAAAGAGACUCCGCCCCAAGAGACGCCACCAAAAGAGACUCCGCCCCAAAAGACACCACCAAAAGAGACGCUGCCCCAAGAGACGCCACAAAAAGAGACACUGCCACAAAAAGAGACGCCACCACAAAAAGAGACGCCGCCACAAAAAGAGACGCCGCCACAAAAAGAGACGCCGCCACAAAAAGAGACGCCGCCACAAAAAGAGACGCCGCCACAAAAAGAGACGCCGCCACAAAAAGAGACGCCGCCACAAAAAGAGACGCUGCCACAAAAAGAGACGCUGCCACAAAAAGAGACGCUGCCACAAAAAGAGACGCUGCCACAAAAAGAGAAGCCGCCACAAAAUGAGACACCACAAAAAGACACUCUGCCACAAAAUGAGAUGCCACAAAAUGAGACGCCACCAAAAGACACUCCGUCACAAAAAGAGACUCCUCCCCAAGAGGGCGUCACCAAUGAGGAUUACACCCCCACACCAACCAAUGACUCUGACUCUACACCAUGUCCUAUCUCAACGACAAAAACAGACUCUUUGAAAACAGAGAACGAGAGGGAAGACGGUGCAGGAGAAAGAGAGGUCAAACCUCCACCCUCCGUUCCUCCCAACCCUUUCGAUGACAUCGAGGAGGAGGGGGAGGGGACUCCGACAACAGCCAAAGUCACAGCCAAUGGGGUUAUCCCUUCUACACCUGUCAGUCAUCUAGGACUAGGGGACAGUAAGCCAGUCCCCAUCCCUCGCCGCUUGUCACAGCCCUCCCCUCCACCUCGUCCCGCCCCCAGGGUCCGCCCACCCCGCGUUGACAACCUUACGGUCAAUGGUGAUCGUGGUGAACACAGGAGAUGUCUUCCUCCAGCUCCCAGACCUCGAGAAAGAUCCCACUCCCCUGGAAGCUCCAGUCUCUCCAGCGACGCCCCCAAACCCCCUAACCCGCCCUGGCUGGCCCUCGUCCAAUCCCAAGAACCCAAGAAGAAACCAGCACCUCCCCCUCCCCCUGGUGUGGCCACACCCCCACACACUGGUUCAUUAUCUUCUCUAAAAGGGGAGGGCUCCAGACCACCCACGCCCCCUGCACCCGCCAACCCCUUCGAUGAGGAAGAAGAGGAGGUGGGGUCAGGGGAGGGGUCAGUAGGAAGUUUGGUUUCUCCCACUGUGGUGGUGAGUCAUCCGUGGUACAGCAUCUCCCAGGCUGCAGACGCUGCGUCUGACCCAGACACGCCCCCCAUUGGGGGUGUUUCCUCCCGCUCUGCAAGCCCCAAUGGCUUCAGGUGCAAGAAACGCCCGGCGCCCCCAAAGCCUGUUCCAAAGGCCCCCGGCUCUAACUCAGCCCUUCCUCACUCCCAGCCCUCCUCUUCCUCUCCCUCUCCAGCUAUUAGCAUAGAGAGCCUAUCCUCUGCCUCCGACCAUAGCUCCUCCCACCCAGCUUCCCUAGGGGGUGGGGCCACAGGCGAUCAGGACAACCCUUUCACCAAGAGCGUAUCAGAGCCCUCCAUCUGUGGGCCCUGUGGUGGUUUCACCCCCUCCAUCUCAGCCAAUCGCCUCUCUCCGAGCCCCUCCCCUCCUCCCCAGCCAGCCAAUCCUAGCUCGGCUCCGGCCACUCCGCAGAGCAAUCGGAGCGCCAGGCCCCCGCCGCCAAGACCUCCAACGACACAGCCCCUGGCAGCAUCAAGUGCUAUCCCAGUUCCACCCCCCAAGCGGACUUGUAAGGAAAACCCUUUCAACAGGAAAGCCUCUCCCUCCCCCGUUUCCUCCCCUAAAACCAGACCCCCUAGAGGCCCUCGCCCCGCCCGGCCCCCCGCCCCUGGACACGGCUUCCCCCUCAUCAAACGCAAGGUGCAGUCAGACCAGUACAUCCCAGCUGAGGACAUCCAUGGAGAGAUGGGAGAGCUGGAGAAACAGCUGGAUGAGCUGGAGCAGAGAGGAGUGGCUUUGGAGAGAAAACUACGCGAUAACCCCAAUGAUGAGGAGGAGGAGACUUUGCUGGUGGACUGGUUCACUCUGAUCCAUGAGAAACACCUGCUGGUGCGCCGCGAGGCUGAGCUGGUCUACACGGCCAAGCAGCAGAACCUGGAGGAGAGGCAGGCUGAUGUAGAGUAUGAGCUGAGAUGUCUUCUUAACAAGCCAGAGAAAGACUGGAAUGAGGAGGACAAGGGCAGGGAGCAGGAGCUGAUGACAGAGCUGGUCACCGUCAUCGAACAGCGGAACCAAAUCAUCAACAACAUGGAUCAGGACAGGCAGAGGGAAGAGGAAGAGGAUAAGCUGGUGGCGACCAUGUUGAAGAGAAAAGACUUCCAGAAGGAGCCAGCAGCAGAAGGCGAGCAGCAACAGAAGAAGAAGAAGAAGUUCAAACCCAUGAAGGUUCUGAAGAGGUUGAGUGUGAACCAAGGAAAAGGUGGCAGCCCACGCAAGGAGAUGGCAGAGAAGGACAAGAGCUGAACAAGGGAGGUGGAUGAUGGAUGGAAGAAAAGGAAGAGGGAUACCAUCCUUUACAGGGGGACAUAUCAGAUGGAAAGAGCAAGGAAAUGGCAGAUGAAAACAAAACGCACUGAGAAGGAAAAACAACCCAGGAUUCUCACAACUAUGUGAAAGACUGUAAUGUGUGCAGCCUGCAAUUUGCUCCUCCUUCCUCUUACUGUAGCAUAUCCUUCUAAUCGCUCCUCCCUACCAGAGUAUGUGAGCAGAGUUAAGCGGUUGGAAAUCCGGCUCGUGCUGGCGAUCCACCUCUUUUUCAACUGCUUUGUGACUACCUUGACUUACCAUUUGGUAUUCAAGUAAUUGAAUAAACAAAUACGUUGGAAUA